CCGCCGUUCUUCCCGGCUCGCUUCCCAGCCACCAGGUAGGGUGUGUGGGCCGCGGUGGAGCGCUCGGGAGCUAGCUCCGGCAAGGGGGCUUAGUGGAGGACCCAGCCCCGAUGGCGCGCCUGACUGAGCCCCCCGAUGGGGGCUGGGGAUGGAUGGUGGUGCUCUCAGCGUUCUUCCAAUCGGCGCUGGUGUUCGGGGUGCUCCGCUCCUUUGGCGUCUUCUUCGUGAAGUUUGUCACCGCCUUCGAGGAGCAGGCAGCGCGCGUCUCCUGGAUCGCCUCCAUAGGAAUUGCCGUGCAGCAGUUUGGAAGCCCAAUAGGCAGUGCCCUGAGCACGAAGUUCGGGCCCAGGCCCGUGGUGAUGACCGGGGGCAUCUUGGCCGCGCUAGGGAUGCUGCUAGCCUCAUUUGCUACCUCCUUGACCCACCUAUACCUAAGUAUUGGACUGAUCUCAGGCUCUGGCUGGGCCUUGACCUUCACUCCGACCUUGGCCUGCCUGUCCCGUUACUUCUCUCGACGUCGAUCUCUGGCCAUGGGACUGGCACUGACAGGAGUGGGCCUCUCCUCUUUUGCAUUUGCCCCCCUCUUCCAGUGGCUGCUCAGCCGCUAUGCCUGGCGGGGGGCCCUAAUGCUAGUGUCUGCCCUCUCCUUCCACCUGGUGGCCUGUGGCUCACUCCUCCGUCCACUAUCCCUGGCCGAGGACUCCGCUGUAGGUGGCCCUGGGGCCCAACUCAUCUCCCUCCUCCACAAUGGUCCUUUCCUCCGUUAUACUAUUGCCCUUACUCUGAUCAACACUGGCUACUUCAUUCCCUACAUCCACCUGGUGGCCCAUCUCAAGGACCUAGGUUGGGACCCACUGCCUGCUGCCUUCCUCCUCUCAGUGGCUGCUAUUGCUGACCUUGUGGGACGUGUGGCCUCUGGGUGGCUGGGAGAUGCCAUUCCGGGGCCUGUGGUACGACUCCUGAUGCUCUGGACUACCCUGACAGGGGUAUCGCUAGUUCUGUUCCCUGUGGCUCAGGCUUCCACAACCCUGGUGGUUCUGGCUGUGGCCUAUGGCUUCACCUCAGGGGCCCUGACCCCAGUGGCCUUCUCUGUGGUGCCCGAACUGGUUGGGACUGGAAGAAUGUACUGUGGCCUGGGACUGGUGCAGAUGGUAGAAAGCAUCGGGGGACUUCUAGGGGCUCCUCUGUCAGGCUACCUCCGAGAUGUGACCGGCAACUACACAGUUUCCUUUAUGGUGGCUGGGGCCUUCCUUCUCGCAGGGAGUGGAGUUCUCAUCACUCUGCCCCAUUUCUUCUCCUGCUGUCCAGCUCCAACUUCCAGAUCCCAGGACCUUGUCAUAGAAGCACGGCAUACCAAAGAUCCCCUGCCCAAAGAAGAGGGGUUGGGAGAGGACUGAACUCCAGCUAGAGGCAGUCAAGUCUGGAAAGUCAGAGCUUGACAGAUCCAAGUCUUCUGCCCCAUCUCUGACAUCCACAAAUCACAGUGCCUUACAAUUCUUGAUAUGUCUCCUCAGAGCAGACCAGGAGUUCCUGAGAUGUGUGUGCCAAACAUUUGUAUGUUCUUGAAGACUCUCAUUUCUGCUCCUUUGCUCUCCCAAUUUUUUUUUAAGGAUCCAGGAAAUCUUGCUUCACUGAACUGUGAAUCAACUGUGAAAAUGAAAGGCUGGGAGUGAGCCAGGUGCCAGUGGCUCACACUUGUAAUCCUAUCUACUCAUGAGGCUGAGAUCUGAGGAUCAUAGUUCAAAGCCAGCCUGGGCAGGAAAGUCUGUGAGACUAUUAUCUUCAG